AGCGGGCAAUAUUUCGACGCCGGCUGUAUGGUUUUUCGCAUUACUUGUUCGCUUGCAGAGGCGACAGCACGAAUCGCUAUCGUUUCACUGGUGAGAGUUUCUUCACUUGUGCCUGCCAACAUGGAUGUGCAAUGCAGAAAUAAAGGCGGUGGUGAGGUGAAGUGCGACGAACAGAGCCAAGUUUUAACCAAGUCGGUGAAGCGGCCGUUUGAUGUUGCCUUUCUUAUGCUUCCCGAUGAGAAGCUGAAGCAAAAGCAGACCAAACUGGCGAAAAGUGCUAGUUUCGAUAAGGACGUGGACAUUUGCUACAACAACAACGAGGAAAACGAGGACGAAGAUGUGGAGAUUGAAGAUUCCCCGUGCGAGCUGAAGUUGAACCGUCAGAGCUACUUCACGCAAAAGCAGCAGAUCUUCGAUGACCCCAACUUGAUCAAGAACAAGAACUAUCAAGCCUUGCGUAAGGCGGCCUCGCCAGUGGAACAGAAGAGCGCCUUUACGAAGGUAAAUCUAAAUAAGGAGUCGCGCGUGAGCCCCAGCUUGUCUCUAAGCCCGGACACAAAUUACCAAAACUCCCUUAGCCCUUCGCCGCCCAUUAUCAACAGGCAGUACCAAAAUUUCCCCGCCAAUAUGCUGCCGCAGAACCAGCUGUUCAAGGCUUCACCGCCUCUAUCGGCAUAUCACACCAAUUUCCUGCCGGAAAACUUUCAGCAUCAUCCCGCCAUAGAUGCCCAUUUUCUAGCGAAAAACUCCGGGGAACUGAUCCAUCCGAACUUUCCCAAGAUGCGACCAACAAUGUACAGGCCGGAGUUUUCGUACAAUUAUCAGCAGUUCCAAGGGCAGGAACUGUUAAAAAUCGCUUCGCCCUCAGAGUUGAAGUUUUCCCAAGAGAUCCGCCAUCCGGCAGCGGCGAUUUUAACAUCGCUGCUUCCGCCGUCUUUGGCAGCUCUUUCGCUGCCCGGUCAAAACGUGUGCGCCAAAUGCAACAUCACGUUCCGAAUGACAUCAGAUUUGGUUUAUCACAUGCGAUCACAUCACAAGAAUGAGACCAAUGAUAUGAACCGGCGAAGACGCGAAGAGAAACUCAAGUGUCCAGUUUGCGCAGAGUCGUUCAGAGAACGACAUCAUUUGACAAGACACAUGACCGCUCAUCAGGAUAAGGACGAUGAUGACAAAGAAACGAAAAAAGAUGGACUUUAAGUGAAUUAACUGCUGGAUCUUUGAAAUAUCGGUGUAAUCACUGAGACGACGAUUUUUUGCUUUAUCGAGUAGCCAAUUCGAGGACGUCAAGUUUUUACUGUAUAAUAAAAUAAUAUUUAUGAUAUGUUCAA